CAGCGAGAAAAGACGAGUUUGAGGCGGAAGUACGAAUUGUCGUUCCUCAGUUCUCAGCUAAGCGUUGGGUCACAAGCUUCCUCGUUUACACGGCUUCAGCGACUCUUUUUCUAAGGACGACUUCUAAUUGAUUUGGAUCUUUGAAGCCCGUUGGUCCCAUCCAUCCGCAGCGAUUCAACCAAUCAUGAGCAGCAGCUACAGCGUCUCCCUCAUUGGUCCCUCCCCCUGGGGAUUCCGACUGCAGGGUGGGAAGGACUUCUGCAUGCCCCUCACCAUCUCAAAAUUGACAGAUGGGGGGAAGGCAUCCAAAGCCAAGAUCAGUGUUGGAGACACCGUGCUGUCCAUCGACGGCAUCUCCACAGACGGAAUGACCCAUCUGGAGGCCCAGAACAAGAUCAAGGCCUGCACCGGCAACCUGAACCUCACCCUGCAGAAGGGCACUCCAAAAGCAGAUACAACCCCUAAGGCCGAGUCCCAGGAGAUCUUCAAGCCCGUGCCCAUCACCCACGCGUCCGCCUCGCCCGUGCCCUUCUCCAGCGGCGGGAGCACGGGCAGCGGCGGCGGCAGCGGGCGCGGCAGCCCCGCCAACCCCGCCUACAACAAGACGGCGCGGCCCUUCGGCGGCGGCGGCAGCGCGGCCCCCUCCUCGGGCGUGUCCAUCCCCUCGGCCUCGUCCGCCUUCACCCCUCACGCUCAGCAGCAGCAGCCGCCGCCCAUGCGCGCCUUCCCCGCGCCCUCCUCCUCUUCCUCGGCCUCUUCCUCGGCCUCAUCCUCUCCGGCCCGGGGUGCGCCGCCGCCGCCGGCGAACGCCAACGCCAACACAGGGGGCUCGGGCGUGCCGCACUCGUCCGUCUACAACACGCCCAUCCAGCUGUACUCCAACGUCAACGCGUGCGAGGUGGCCAUGGGGCAGCGGCGGGGGCUGUACGAGGGCAAGGGGGGCGUGGAGCUCGUUAACGGGACGGCGAAGAAGCCGGUGCUGACGGCGGAGCAGCGUGAGGCGGUGGCGGCCCCGGUGGUGGCGGCCCCCGACGCCAGUAAGAAGCGGCUGAUGGAGGACACGGAGGACUGGCACCCGCGCACCGGCACCACCCAGUCACGCUCCUUCCGCAUCCUGGCCCAGAUCACCGGCACCGAGAACGAUCAAGCUCCAGAGAACAGCUCUGCAAAGAAUGAAGUGGUCGAAGAUAUUCACUCCAGUGCUCCCCUGAAAUCCAAAGUGUCCUCCGGAGGCCCUCGCCAUGGCAACGGAGUGGCCCCACCUGCCUCCAAGCCCUGGCAGUCCAGCAACACAGCAGGUCUGCCCAAGGCAGGUGUCCAGCCGUCGUUCGGCCGCGUGAGCAGUGGCGGUGGUGGUGGUGCUCCCAAGCUCCCUCCGGCCCGGCCCGCCCCCCAGGCCCACCCCAUGGACCAGGACUCCCUGGUGCAGCGCGCCGAGCAUGUGGCAGCCGGGACCCGCACGCCCAUGUGUGCCGCCUGCAAUGUGGUCAUCAGGGGUCCGUUCCUGGUGGCCAUGGGCAAGGCGUGGCACCCUGAGGAGUUCAACUGCGCCCACUGUCGCACCACGCUGGUGGAAGUGGGUUUCGUGGAGGAGCGGGGCAACGUCUACUGCGCGAACUGCUACGAGGAGUUCCUGGCCCCCAGCUGCGCCGGCUGCCAGGGGAAAGUACUCGGGGAAGUGAUCAACGCUCUGAAGCAGACGUGGCACGUGUCCUGCUUCUUGUGCACGACCUGCCAGCAGCCCAUCCGCAACAACACCUUUCAUCUGGAGGAUGGACAGCCCUACUGCGAGAAAGAUUACUAUGAGCUCUUUGGGACGAGCUGCCAUGGCUGUGACUUCCCCAUCGAGGCUGGAGACAAGUUCCUGGAGGCUCUGGGCUUCACCUGGCACGACACCUGCUUUGUGUGCGCGGUCUGCCAGACAAGCCUGGAGGGCCAGGCGUUCUUCUCCAAGAAGGACAAGCCCCUGUGCAAGAAACAUGCCCACACUGUCAAAAUCUAAAACCCAAGCCUGUGCCCGCAGGAGAAGAAGCCAGGGUGCACACAGAAAACAAACAAACAAACAAACAAACAAACAAACAAACGACAUAAAACAGAUGGCCUAUUCUACAAGCUGUUGAUAUUCUUAAUUUGUGGAGAAGAGUGUGUUUAAGCAUACAUGUUGAUAGGUGUCGCUAAGAUGUUGAGGUGUUUGGUGUGGGGAACUGAUGCUUCUACUUUCAUGUAUUUCUUUCAUGGACAUUGAGCUGAAUGAUCAUAAGGUGACCACGAUGCUCAGGUGCCGUGAUUUAACUCUAGACAUUUCACCUUUAGUGCACUUUUUUAAAAUAGAACGUUUCUCUUCCAUUACUGCAUUCAAAAUGUGAGGAUUCCAAAGCAGAAUCAUCUGAUGAUGAGGUUUGGAUUUCCUCCAAAAAAAGGGCCAAUAGCAGGCAGGCUACACUUGGCUCGUAACUGAAGUGUUCCAUUCACGUAGCGCCUGCUGCAACAAUUAGCUUUGACUAUCAUCAAUAGAACAGUCUACACCAGACAUACAGUAAUAGCGGCGUGUACAUUCCAAUAAAAUUAGACCAGUCUUCUAAAACUAUCUUUACGCUACGCAAAACAGAGCGUUUCAGUUUCAUACCCUGUGUAGCCCGGGCCUAAGAAUAUAUCAAACCAUAGUUAGCAAGGGUCAAUGCAGCUAAUACAGCUUCAUGCACUGUUGUGGUUGCUAGGUAAAGUAUUUCAAUGUGUUCGUUAAGCUGGUCUCUAAGCUAAUUGUAGACAAAUGAAAUAGGAAGAAACUCAUUAACCACAGGCUUAGUUUAAUGGUCUGUGUGCAUUUACAAGACUACGGGCCUCUCUCAACAUCCCUCCUCGAUCCUCGAUGCUCGGUCCUCCAGACUCGUUCCCAGUCUAGCCCUGGAUAGACUAUCCCAUUGUUGCUGCCCCAUCAUUCUUUAUCUAGAUCAGUGAGGACGAGGACCGAGGAAGGAAGGGAGGAUGUAUAAAAGACGAAUGAGAGGCCUCCUAUGUAUCCUAAGAUAAAAAAAAACAUAGAUAGGUUUCUAAUGACUCUCUGAUAAGGUGGGUAUCUUAUAGCUCUAUGAUGAUGUUAUCCACUUAGGAAACUUCAGCACUGAGUCAAUCAACAGUUUGGUCUGCGUAAAGUCUAUCAGGGAAACAAGCAGUGGAACCUGUUAGGGUCGGAGGUCACACACUUUUCUUUUCCCUAUUAAAGUGUGCCUCUGGACCAGUCAACUCCACCAUGUCUUUCUCCUCUUUUGUUGCUGAGGUGAGCCUCAGUUUUAUUUAACCUGCUCUAUUUAUUUUAGUGGAAGGGAAGACUUUGGGGUUCUUAGAGCUUUGCACAAUUUCACUGCACUGAUGGUCCAUGUAGUUUAGGGGCAGUGAUGUUUUUUUUUAUAUAAAAGAUUUGUUUUUAUAUGUUUAAAUGAUCUUGUUUUAAGUCAUUGCAACGUACGUCUCUCUUGUACCCUGCAGUGUUGCGUUAAAGUUCAAUUUAAUUGUGUUAAAUCGAUGCCAACAUUGUGCCUUAGUGCUUCCAAGUCAAUUCUUGAAGCAUUUUUCUCUUUAAGCAGUUAACAUUGUGACAGUUAACAUUUAACAAUAUGUUGCUAAAGAAUAUUUGCUGUUAACAGAAAUUUUGCCUUUGUACCUAUUUAAAAUGGAAAUAUUGAGAUGAAUUUGGGAGAUAUGCUUCUAAAAAAGUAUGGUAAUUGUAAAAAAAAACAUUGGUUAGAUUGUAUUAUGUUUGUUGUCAGUCACUUUAUGGAUGUCUAAAAGUUGCCAUGUCUAUCAGUUUUUCACAGCCAUUGUCAGUAUGUUUUCCAUGUGGAAAAACCUCUAAUAAAGAGUAUUGAUCUGGGACAUACA